AUGACACUCCACGGUGUCCUCCAGGAUUUCGGCGGCAUUGUGUCCGUGCGCUUCAUUAUAGGUAUCUUUGAGGUUGGUCUCUUCCCAGGCGCAGUAACUAUGCUCAACAAGUGGUACACCAAGUACGAGCUAGCUACGAGGCUGUCUCUGUUCUACACGGCUUCUGCCCUCUCGGGCGCUUUCUCGGGCUUGCUGGCUUAUGCAAUUGCCAAGAUGGAUGGUGUUGCUGGCCAGGAGGGUUGGAGAUGGAUCUUCCUCCUCGAGGGUAUAACCACUGUUCUCAUGGGUGUCAUCACCCCCUUUUUACUUCCUGAUACCCCCGAAAGAAGGCCCAAAUGGCUGACGGAGGAGGAGUCUGACUACCUCAUCCGCCGUAUAGUAGCAGAGAAUGGCGGCGAAAGAGCGAACGAGGAGGGCCAGAAGCUUACCCUCGCCCUCAUCAAAGACGUUGUUACUGAUUGA